AGACACUCUCCCACAGGAAACAAAGUGUGACUCAUUGCUGUCACUGCAUCCUGAAGCCUCCUAGCCUUCAAUUUCCAAACAGAUCUCGCCAUGAUGGAGACGGAGCAAAUGGCUGCGAGUUGUCCUGCCCCGGACCAAACUCCUGUCAGGAGCUGGCUCUCCUCCAGCUCCAGAGGGGCACCCAGCCACCCCCCCUCCCGUUUCUCUGGAGACGGGGUCCGCUACAAAGCCAAGCUCAUCGGUGUGGACCAUGUGCCGGACGCCCCGGGACACAAGAUGUGCUGGGACUCCAUGAUGAAGCUAAAGGGCUUUGAGGCGGCAGCGAGGAAGCAGGGGAGACACAAGCAGAGAGUCUGGUUGAAAGUUUCCUCCAGCGGCCUGAGAAUAGUGGAUGAAAGGACCGGGGUGAGUUACACUGACUGCAACUCCCCCAAAUCUCUCUUCCUCUUUGUGUUGGCCUGA